AUUUUAAUGAAUGUAAUUUGUAUGGACUCUGUAGCCAGACAUGUCAAAAUACUGAUGGAUCAUACAUUUGCAGUUGCGUGGAAGGAUAUCUCCUUCAGCCAAACAAAAAAUCUUGCAAAGUGAAAAAAGAACCUAAUGAUCUUCCACCUUUACUAUUGAUUGCAAACUCGGACACUAUUGAUGUCCUAUAUGUAAAUGGAACCAGAACAUCCACCUUUGGAUUUUUGAGAGGAAGUGGAAUUCAGAUGCUGGACUAUAUAUACAAUAAGAACACAAUGUGUUGGAUGGAAUCAAAAGAAUCUUCAACUCAGUUAAAAUGCAUUGAGACAUCAAAAACUGGAAAGCUGACUGACGAAUGGAUAAUUAGCACCAUUCCUAAUCUUCAUAAUAUACAGCAUAUGGCAGUUGACUGGCUUACAGGAAACUUCUACUUUGUGGAUCAUACCAGUGACACAAUCUUUGUAUGCAACUUUAAUGGAACUGUGUGUGUUACUCUGAUUGAUCUUGAUCUUCAUAAUCCCAUGGCAGUUGCUGUGGAUCCUACUUUGGGAAAGCUCUUCUUUACAGACUAUGGGAAUGUGGCUAAAAUUGAGAGGUGUGACAUGGAUGGCAUGAACAGAACAAGGAUAGUAAUAUCUAAAAUAGAGCAGCCGACGGCUCUUACACUUGACCUUGUCAGCAAAUACGUGUACUGGGUAGAUGACUAUCUUGACUUUAUAGGAAUGGUUGACUACCAAGGACAUAACAGGCAAACUAUCAUUGAAGGCCAACUGGUUACUCAUCUAUAUGGUUUAGCAGUAUUUGAAGACUAUUUGUAUGCAACAAAUUCAGACAACUUCAGUGUCAUACAAAUUAACAGAUUUAAUAGCAGAGAUACGAAGUUCUUAAUGAGACUUGAAAAUGCUAAAGAUAUCCUUGUUUACCACAAGAGAAUACAGACAACAGUAAGAAGCCAUGCAUGUGAACUAGACCAGCAUGGAAGGGCAGGUAGAUGUUCACACAUCUGUUUGCUCAGCAGCAGCUAUAAAAGCAGGACUUGUCGCUGCCGGAUGGGCUUUGUCUUGGGAAGUGAUGGCAGAUCAUGCAAAAGACUAAAGAAUGAAUUGUUCCUGUUUUAUGGGAAAGGACGUCCAGGCAUCAUUCAAGGAAUGGAUCUAAAUACCAAAAUAGCUGAUGAACAUAUGAUCCCUAUAGAAAAUUUGGUCAAUCCUCGAGCUUUGGAUUAUCAUGCUGAAACCAAUUACAUAUACUUUGCAGACACUACUAGUUUCUUGAUAGGACGUCAGAAAGUUGAUGGCUCUGGCCGUGAAACAAUCCUGAAGGAUGAUCUCGAUAAUGUAGAAGGUAUUGCAAUAGACUGGAUUGGAAAUAAUUUGUUUUGGACAAAUGAUGGUUACAGGAAAACAAUUAAUGUUGCCAGGCUAGAGAAAGCUUCUCAGAGCCGUAAAACUCUACUGGAAGGUGGCAUGUCUCACCCACGAGGAAUUGUGGUGGAUCCUGUUAAUGGCUGGAUGUAUUGGACAGAUUGGGAAGAAGAUGAAAUAGAUGAUAGUAUGGGAAGAAUUGAGAAAGCAUGGAUGGAUGGUAACAACCGUCAAAUAUUUGUGACAUUAAAGAUGUUGUGGCCAAAUGGAUUAACUCUGGAUUAUCAAAGUAAUAUAUUGUAUUGGUGUGAUGCCUAUUAUGAUCAUAUUGAAAGAAUAUAUCUGAAUGGAAGUGACCGCAAGGUGGUCUACAGUGGAAAAGAAUUGAAUCAUCCAUUUGGACUAUCAUAUCAUAGAAAUUAUAUUUUCUGGACAGAUUAUAUGAAUGGCUCUAUUUUCCAACUGGAUUUGCUAUCAAGAAAUGUGACACUUCUGAAAAGUGAGAGAUCCCCCCUCUUUGGGUUGCAGAUUUAUGAUCCCCAGAAGCAACAAGGUGACAACGCAUGCCGUAUUAAUAAUGGAGGCUGCAGUACCCUGUGUUUAGCGAUACCUGGAGGCAGAAUGUGUGCUUGUGCUGAUAAUCAUCAUUUGGAGGAAAACAGUACAACCUGCAUGUUUAAUUCUGAAGAAGUAUUGCCUAAGUUAUGCAAAGUGGGUGAAUUUCAGUGCAGGAACAAGCGCUGCAUCCAAGAUGGUUGGCGAUGUGAUGGUGAUGAUGAUUGCUUGGAUGGCUCUGAUGAGCAUUCAGACAUUUGUUUUAAUCAUAGUUGUCCUGACAAUCAAUUUAAAUGCCAUAAUAACCGAUGCAUCCCUAAGAGAUGGCUUUGUGAUGGAGCAAAUGAUUGUGGUAACAAUGAAGAUGAAUCAAAUAAGACUUGUGCAGCAAGAGUAUGUCAAGUAGAUCAGUUUUCCUGUGGGAAUGGACGUUGUAUUCCACGUUCAUGGUUGUGUGAUCAAGAGGAUGAUUGUGGUGAUCAGUCAGAUGAAACAGCAACUUGUGAGUUCCCAACCUGUGACCCACUGAUUCAUUUUAUAUGUAAUAAUGGAAGAUGUAUUAGUAGCAAGUGGCAUUGCGAUACAGAUAAUGACUGUGGUGAUGGGACUGAUGAACUGGACUGUCUUCAUUCAUGUUUUGACAACCAGUUCAGGUGCUCUACUGGCCGGUGCAUUCCAGGUCACUGGGCUUGUGAUGGAGACAAUGACUGUGGAGACUUCAGUGAUGAAACUAAACCAAAUUGCACCAAAGAGAUAGCUUCUCUUGGGAGAUGCAAUGGGAAAGAAUUUCAAUGCUACCCAGAUGGAAACUGCAUUCCUGAGUUUUGGCACUGUGAUGGAGAAAAGGACUGUGAAGAUGGCAGUGAUGAAAAGAGUUGUAAUGGAACUAUAAGACCAUGUGAUGCCAAAACAAAGUUUUCCUGCAAAGCUACAGGGAGAUGUAUUAGCAAAGCUUGGCUGUGUGAUGGAGACAUUGAUUGUGAGGAUCAGUCUGAUGAAGAUAAUUGUGAAGGCUAUAUGUGUGGGCCACCAAAAUAUCCAUGUGCUAAUGACACUUCCAUCUGUCUGCAGCCUGAAAAGCUUUGCAAUGGAAUAAGAGAUUGCCCUGAUGGAUCUGAUGAAGAUGAUCUUUGUGAAGAAUGUUCACUUAACAAUGGUGGGUGCAGCCAUCAGUGUUCAGUAGUUCCUGGAGGCAGAAUUGUCUGUUCAUGCCCCCCAGGAUUGUACUUAAAUUCAGACAAUAAGACCUGUGGCUAUAUAGAUUAUUGCAGCAAACAUCAGAAAUGCAGCCAAGUAUGUGAACAGCAUAAAAAUGAUGUUAAAUGCUCCUGUUAUGAAGGUUGGGAACUUAGUAAAGAUGGCGAAAGCUGUGCUAAUAUUGAUCCUUUUGAAGCAUUCAUCAUUUUUUCUAUUCGGCAUGAGAUCAGAAGAAUUGAUCUGCAGAAACGAGACUACAGCCUAUUAGUUCCUGGUUUAAGAAAUACAAUAGCACUUGAUUUUCACUUCAAUCAAAGCUUACUAUACUGGACAGAUGUAGUAGAAGAUAAAAUUUACAGAGGCAAGCUUUCUGAAACUGGAGGUGUAAGCUCCGUUGAAAUUGUGGUCCAACAUGGUUUAGCUACUCCAGAAGGUCUUACUGUGGACUGGAUUGCUGAAAAUAUAUAUUGGAUCGACAGCAAUCUGGAUCAAAUUGAAGUAGCUAAAUUAGAUGGUACAUUGAGGACAACCCUAAUUGCAGGUGCAAUGGAACAUCCUAGAGCUAUUGCUUUAGAUCCCAGAUAUGGAAUUUUAUUUUGGACAGACUGGGAUGCUAAUUUUCCUCGCAUUGAAUCUGCUUCCAUGAGUGGAGCAGGAAGAAAGAUCAUAUAUAAAGACAUGGAUAGUGGAGCAUGGCCUAAUGGUCUUACAGUUGAUCAUUUUGAAAAACGGAUAGUUUGGACAGAUGCUAGGUCAGAUGCUAUUUAUUCAGCACUAUACGAUGGGACUGGCAUGAUUGAAAUUAUACGAGGUCAUGAAUACCUUUCUCACCCUUUUGCUGUCUCCCUGUUUGGGAGUGAAGUAUAUUGGACAGACUGGAGGACAAACACAUUAUCUAAAGCAAAUAAAUGGACAGGCCAAAAUGUUAGUGUGAUACAAAAAACCAGUGCACAGCCUUUUGAUCUUCAAAUUUAUCAUCCAAGUCGUCAACCCCAAGCUCCUAAUCCUUGUGCUGCUAAUAGUGGCAGAGGUCCUUGCUCCCAUAUGUGCCUGAUAAAUCAUAACAGGAGUGCUGCUUGUGCCUGCCCUCAUCUAAUGAAACUGGCUGAAGAUAAAAAGGCAUGUUUUGAAAUGAAAAAGUUCCUUCUUUAUGCAAGGCAUUCAGAAAUAAGAGGUGUUGCCAUAGAGAAUCCAUACUUCAAUUAUAUAACAGCAUUUACAGUUCCUGAUAUUGAUGAUGUAACAGUUGUAGAUUUUGAUGCAGUGGAAGAGCGUUUAUACUGGACUGAUGUGAAAACACAAACUAUAAAACGGGCCUUUAUUAAUGGGACUGGAUUAGAAACUGUCAUAUCAAGAGAUAUUCAAAGCAUUCGUGGACUGGCUGUGGAUUGGUUAUCACGUAAUUUAUACUGGAUUAGUUCAGAAUUUGAUGAAACACAAAUUAAUGUAGCCCAUUUAGAUGGCUCCUUAAAAACUUCAAUUAUACAUGGAAUUGAUAAACCACAAUCUCUUGCAGUUUAUCCAGCUAAAGGGAAGCUUUAUUGGAUUGAUGGGAACACAAUUAACAUGGCAAAUAUGGAUGGCAGCAACAGUAAAAUACUACUACAGAAUCAAAAAGACCCAGUUGGUCUGUGCAUUGAUUAUUUAGAGAAUAAACUUUAUUGGAUCAGUUCAGGCAAUGGAACUAUAAACAGAUGCAACUUGGAUGGUGACAAUUUUGAAGUAAUAGAUUCAAUGAAAGAAGAGCUAACGAAAGCUACAGCCUUAACCAUAAUGGAUAAAAAGUUAUGGUGGGCAGACCAUAAUUUAGGCCAACUGGGCACCUGCAAUAAAAAAGAUGGAAGGAAUCCUACAGUUUUGCGAAACAAAACUUCAGGAGUUGUACAUAUGAAAGUGUAUGACAAAGCAGGACAGAAAGGUAGCAAUUCUUGUCAGAUCAAUAAUGGAGGAUGUUCCCAACUUUGCUUACCAACUUCAGAAUCCACUAGAACAUGCUUAUGUACUGUAGGUUAUAAUCUUCAGAAAAAUCGUAUGACAUGUCAAGGUAUAGAGUCAUUUCUCUUGUAUUCUAUUCAUGAAGGAAUAAGGGGAAUCCCUCUUGAUCCAAAUGAUAAAACAGAUGCACUAAUGCCUAUAACAGGGACAUCUUUUGCUGUUGGUAUAGACUUUCAUGCAGGAAAUGAUACAAUCUACUGGACUGACAUGGGAUUCAAUAAAAUAAGCAGAGCUAGCAGAGAUCAGACAUGGAAGGAGGAUAUAAUUACAAAUGGUUUGGGAAGAGUGGAAGGCAUUGCAGUGGAUUGGAUAGCGGGUAAUAUAUAUUGGACAGAUCAUGGCUUCAAUUUUAUUGAAGUUUCUAGGCUUAAUGGCUCUUUUCGCUAUGUUGUCAUAUCUCAGGGUCUGGAUCAGCCAAGGUCUAUAGCAGUGCACCCCGGAAAAGGUUAUUUAUUCUGGACAGAAUGGGGACAGGCACCAUGUAUAGGCAAGGCUCGUUUAGAUGGAUCAGAGAAGACUAUUCUUGUUGGUACUGGUGCCAUGUGGCCUAAUGGAGUUUCUGUUGAUCUUGAGGAAAAUAAAUUAUAUUGGUGUGAUGCUCGAAUGGACAAGAUAGAAAGAAUUGACCUUGAGAGUGGAAGAAAUCGGGAGAUUGUACUGUCAGGAAGUAAUAUGGAUAUGUUUUCAGUCACAGUCUUUGGGGCUUACAUCUACUGGUCUGACAGAGCUCAUGCAAAUGGAUCUAUCAGACGAAGCAAAAAAAUUGACGCCACAGAGACAGUAUCCAUGAGGACAGGCUUAGGCAUAAACUUGAAGGAAGUAAAAGUUUUCAACAGAGGUCGUGAAAAAGGAACCAACAUAUGUGCCAAAAACAAUGGUGGGUGUCAACAGCUUUGUCUCUAUCGGGGAAAUGCACAGAGAACUUGUGCUUGUGCACAUGGUUAUUUAGCAGAGGAUGGUGUGACAUGCUUAAGACAUGAUGGCUACUUGCUUUAUUCAGGAAGAACAAUACUAAAAACUAUACAUCUUUCAGAUGAGACAAACUUAAAUUCACCAGUGCAACCUUAUGAAAAUCCAGAAUAUUUCAAAAAUGUAAUAGCAUUGACUUUUGACUAUAGACAGAAAGGAAGAGGAACUAAUCGAAUCUUCUUUAGUGAUGCACAUUUUGGAAAUAUACAACUUAUUAAAGAUAAUUGGACGGGUAGAAAAAUUAUACUUGAAAAUGUUGGAUCUGUGGAGGGUCUAGCAUAUCAUAGGGCUUGGGAUACUUUGUACUGGACCAGCUCUACUACAUCUUCUAUUACAAGGCACACAGUUGAUCAGAAACGAAGAGGUGCUUUCAACAGAGAAGCUGUAAUAACGAUGUCUGAGGAUGAUCACCCACAUGUAUUAGUCCUUGAUGAAUGUCAAAAUUUAAUGUUUUGGACUAAUUGGAAUGAGCAGCAUCCAAGCAUCAUGAGAGCUACAUUGAAUGGCAAAAAUGCACAAGUUGUAAUCAGCAAUGACAUCUUAACACCAAAUGGACUUGCCAUUGAUCACAGGGCUGAGAAACUGUAUUUUUCCGAUGGUAGUUUGGGAAAAAUAGAAAGAUGUGAAUAUGAUGGAUCACACAGAAAUGUAAUAGUCAGAUCUGGACCUGGCACUUUUCUCAGUCUAGCUGUAUACGAUGCUUGGAUCUUCUGGACAGACUGGGUGAGAAGAGCUAUACUGCGAUCCAAUAAAUAUACAGGUGGAGAUACAAAAAUUCUUAGAUCUGAUAUCCCACAUCAACCUAUGGGCAUCAUAGCUGUUGCUAAUGACACUAACAGCUGUGAAUUAUCCCCUUGUGCCCAAUUGAAUGGAGGCUGUCAUGAUUUGUGUCUCCUGACACCUGAUGGGCAUGUUAAUUGUUCAUGUAGGGGUGACCGCAUACUUACAGAUGGUAACAGAUGUAUGUCUAAAAAUGUGUCAUGCAAUUUCUACUCUGAAUUUGAAUGUGGAAAUGGUGAGUGCAUUGAUUACCAACUUUCAUGUGAUGGCAUAGCUCACUGUAAGGACAAGUCUGAUGAGAAAUUAUUGUAUUGUGAAAACAGAAUCUGUCGGAAAGGGUUUAAGUCUUGCUUAAAUCGGCGCUGUAUAUCUAGUAAUCAAAUUUGUGAUGGCAAAAAUGAUUGCGGUGACAAUUCUGAUGAAAGAGGUUGUGAAGUUUCUGGAUGUUCUUCCAUGGAAUUCCGCUGUUUAGAUGGAACCUGCAUUCCAAAAUCAGCUCAAUGCAAUCAGAUUGUGGAUUGUUUAGAUGCUUUGGAUGAGAAAAACUGUAAUAACACAGAUUGCAAUAAUUUCUAUAAACUUGGAGUGAAAUCUUCAGGAUUUAUUAGCUGUAACUUUACUUCACUCUGUAUACUACCAGAAUGGCUGUGUGAUGGAUCUAAUGAUUGUGGAGAUUAUUCAGAUGAAUUAAAAUGCCCAGUUCGAAAUAAGCAUACAUGUGAAGAGAAUUAUUUUGGCUGUCCUAGUGGUAAAUGUAUACUGAUUUCCUGGGUAUGUGAUGGUCAGAAAGAUUGUGAAGAUGGAAGUGAUGAAUUACUCUGUGAUUCCUCCUGUUCAUGGAAUCAGUUUGCUUGUUCUGAACAAAAAUGCAUCUCCAAACAAUGGACUUGUGAUGGAGAAGAUGAUUGUGGAAAUGGUUUGGAUGAAAGUAAAACUAUUUGUGGCUCAGUAACUUGUGCUCCAGACAUGUUCAGCUGUUUAGAUUCAUAUGCCUGUGUUCCUCUACACUGGCUUUGUGAUGGUGAAAGAGACUGUCCUAAUGGAAGUGAUGAACUUGCUACAGCAGGAUGUGCGCCCAGUAAUACUUGUGAUGAAAAUACUUUCACAUGCCACAAUAAAGUCUGCAUUUCUAAACUGUUUGUAUGUGACCACGAUGAUGACUGUGAGGAUGGAUCAGAUGAAUCCCUAGAAUGUGGCUAUCGCCAUUGUAAUCCUGGAGAAUUCAGCUGUGCUGAUGGAAGAUGCCUCUUAAAUUCUCAGUGGCAAUGUGAUGGAGAUUUUGAUUGUCCAGAUCAUUCAGAUGAAGAUCCUAUUAAUAUAAAAUGCAGAAGUGCAGAACAGUCAUGCAACAAUUCAUUUUUUAUGUGUAAAAAUGGCAAGUGCAUCCCCCAAGAAGAUGUUUGCGAUGCCAAACAGGAUUGUGGUGAUGGGUCUGAUGAGAGAAAUUGCCAUAUAAAUGAAUGUUUGAGUAAGAAAGUUAGUGGCUGUUCUCAAGACUGUCAAGAUCUUCCUGUUGGAUACAAGUGUAAAUGCUGGCCUGGUUUUCAUAUGAAGGAAGAUGGCAAAACAUGUGUAGAUAUUGAUGAAUGUUCAUCUGGCUUUCCAUGCAGUCAGCAAUGCAUCAAUACAUAUGGGACUUACAAAUGCUUGUGUAUGGAUGGUUAUCAAAUGCAACCUAAUCCUCAACAAGGAUGUAAAUCCCUUUCAGAUGAAGAGCCAUUCCUAAUUCUAGCUGAUCAUCAUGAAAUACGAAAAAUUAGUACUGAUGGAUCCAACUAUACUUCAAUGAAACAGGGCCUAAAUAAUGUGAUUGCCAUAGAUUUUGAUUACAAAGAAGAGUUCAUCUAUUGGAUUGAUUCCAGCAGACCAAAUGGAAGUAGGAUUAAUAGAAUGAAUCUGAAUGGGAAUGAUGUCAAGGUAGUUCAUAACACAGCUGUUCCUAAUGCAUUAGCUGUUGACUGGGUUGGAAAGAAUCUCUAUUGGUCUGACACAGAAAAAAGGAUGAUUGAAGUUUCCAAAAUCAAUGGCUUGUAUCCCACUGUUCUUGUGAGCAAAAGGGUGAAGUUCCCUAGAGAUCUCUCUUUAGAUCCUCAAAUUGGUUAUUUGUAUUGGAUUGAUUGCUGUGAAUAUCCUCAUAUUGGUCGAGUUGGCAUGGAUGGCUCUAAUCAGACAGUUGUGAUAGAAACACAGAUAUCUAGACCCAUGGCUCUUACAAUAGACUAUGUCAACAGAAGAUUAUACUGGGCUGAUGAAAAUCAUAUUGAAUUUGCUAAUAUGGAUGGCACCCGCAGAAGUAAAGUCCCUAAUCAACAUGUUCUAGGGGUGAUUGCUCUAACAUUAUUUGAAGACUAUAUAUACUGGACAGAUGGAAAAACAAAAACUGUCAAUCGUGCCCACAAAAUCUCUGGAGCAGAUAAAGUAGCCCUGAUUAACUCAUGGCAUGCCAUAACUGAUAUUCAAGUUUAUCAUUCAUUCCGGCAACCUAAUGUGGCUAAACAUACAUGUACAUUAAAUAAUGGUGGCUGUAGUCAUCUGUGCCUUCUUGCCCCAAACAAAACUCACACGUGUGCCUGUCCUACCAAUUUUUACCUCGCAGCAGAUAAUAAGACCUGCUUAUCAAAUUGCACAGCCAGUCAAUUCCGCUGCAGGACUGACAAAUGUAUUCCAUUUUGGUGGAAAUGUGACACUGUCGAUGAUUGUGGAGAUGGAUCAGAUGAACCUGAAGAAUGUCCUGAAUUUAAAUGUCAACCAGGGCGUUUUCAGUGUGGAACUGGUCUCUGUGUUUUACCAGCUUUUAUAUGCGAUGGGGAAAAUGAUUGUGGAGAUAGUUCAGAUGAACUUAAUUGUGAUACCCAUGUUUGCCUACCAGGUCAAUUUAAGUGCACCAAGAAUCAGAAAUGUAUCCCAAUAAAUCUCAGGUGUAAUGGACAAGAUAAUUGUGGUGAUGAAGAAGAUGAACAAGAUUGUCCGGAAAACAGCUGUUCUCCUGACCAUUUUCAGUGUAAAACUACAAAGCACUGUAUUUCUAAACUGUGGGUAUGUGAUGAGGAUCCGGACUGUGCUGAUGGGUCUGAUGAAGCAAAUUGUGAUAAAAAGACAUGCGGCCCUCAUGAAUACCAAUGCAAGAAUAGCAACUGCAUUCCAGAUCACUGGCGAUGUGACAGUCAAAAUGAUUGUGGUGACAAUUCUGAUGAAGAAAACUGCAAACCACAAACAUGCUCUCAGAAGGAUUUUCACUGCUCAAAUGGAGACUGCAUGUCUGCAAGAUUCUGGUGCGAUGGUGAUUAUGACUGUGCAGAUGGCUCAGAUGAGAGAUAUUGUGACUCUGACUGCUUAAAAGACCAGUUUCAGUGCUCCAAUGGUCAUUGCAUAGCAGCAAAAUGGAAAUGUGAUGGAUAUGAUGACUGCAUAUUGGGAGAGGAUGAGAAGAAUUGUGAUUCAGAAUUUCCAACCUGCUCUUCAAGUGAAUAUGUCUGUGCCAAUGGAGGUUGUAUCUCAGCAUCUUUUAGAUGCAAUGGAGAAUAUGAUUGUCCUGAUGGUUCCGAUGAAAUGCACUGUAUAACAGAAUGUAAAGAAGACCAAUUUCAAUGUAAAAAUAAAGCAUACUGUAUACCUAUCAGAUGGCUUUGUGAUGGAAUUCAAGAUUGUGUGGAUAACAGUGAUGAACUAAAUUGUGACAGAGGGAGGAACAUAUGUAGAGCUGAUGAAUUCCUUUGCAACAAUUCACUCUGUAAACUCUAUUUUUGGGUUUGUGAUGGAGAAGAUGAUUGUGGAGAUAACUCAGAUGAAUUUCCAGAAAUAUGUUUAAAUUUUUCGUGCCCUCCAACCAGGCCAUACCGAUGCAGAAAUAAUCACGUUUGUUUGAGACAUGAGCAAAUAUGUAAUGGGAUUGAUGAUUGUGGUGAUGAUUCAGAUGAAGAUCACUGUGACAAAACUACAUAUAAAGCCAGACCGUGUAAAAAGGAUGAGUUUGCUUGUAAUAAUAAGAAGUGCAUACCUAUGGCACUAGAAUGUGAUCAGUUUGAUGACUGUGGAGAUGGUUCAGAUGAACAAGGCUGUAAAACAAGUUUGACUGAACACAACUGUGAAAAUAAUGUGAAUCCUUGUGGUGAUGAUGCAUAUUGUAAUAAAACCAAAACAUCAAUUUUCUGCCAAUGUAAGCCUGGAUUUCAGAGGAACAGGAGAAACUGGCAAUGUGAAGAUAUCAAUGAAUGUCUAAUAUUUGGCAUCUGCUCCCAGCUCUGUAUCAACAUAAAAGGAUCAUAUAAAUGUACUUGUGAAAAGAACUAUAAAGAGAGAAACAGUAGCUGCAUUGCAAAAGGCUCUGAAGAUCAAGUUCUCUACAUUUCUAAUGACACUGAUAUCCUGGGUUUUGUAUAUCCAUUCAACUACAGUGAUGUUCAUCAACAGAUUACACACAUUGAACAUAACUCAAGAAUAACUGGAAUGGAUCUAUAUUAUCAAGGGGAAAUUAUUAUUUGGAGUACUCAAUUUAAUCCAGGAGGCAUUUUCUAUAAAAAGGUCAAUGGGGGAGAAAGAAGACAAAGCAAUAGCGGUGUGAUAUGUCCUGAAUUCAAACGCCCUAGAGACAUUGCAGUUGACUGGAUAGCUGGAAACAUUUACUGGACUGAUCAUUCCAGAAUGCAUUGGUUUAGUUAUUAUACAACUCAUUGGACAAGUUUAAGAUACUCCAUCAAUGUGGGACAAAUAAGUGGACCAAACUGCACAAGACUCCUUACAAAUAUGGCAGGAGAACCCUAUGCAAUUGCUGUAAAUCCUCUGAAAGGCAUGAUGUAUUGGACUGUAAUUGGAGAUCGUUCUCAUAUAGAAGAAGCAGCAAUGGAUGGUACUUUGAGGAGGAUAAUAGUACAAAAAAAUUUACAAAGACCAACAGGUUUAGUGGUUGAUAACUUCAGUCAACGCUUGUUUUGGGCUGAUUUUGAAUUAUCAGUAAUUGGCAGUAUUCGUUUUGAUGGCUCUGAUUCAGUUAUAUGUGUUAGCAGCAAGCAAGGCUUACUACAUCCUCAUAGAAUUGAUAUUUUUGAGAACUAUAUAUAUGGAGCUGGACCUAAAAAUGGUGCAUUUAGAGUGCAAAAAUUUGGCCAUAGUGCCGUAGAAUAUUUGAACUUGGAGACUGAUAAAACAAAAAGUGCCUUGAUUUCACAUCGCUACAAACAAAUACACUCACUCAAUCCUUGUCUGCAGUUAACCUGUGAGUUCCUGUGUUUACUCAAUCCUUCAGGUGCAGCUUGCAUAUGUCCAGAAGGAAAGGCAAUGUUUAAUGGAAAAUGUAGUGAUUUGAACAUGUUAGAUGAGACUUGCAACCUGGCUUGUGAAAAUGGAGGUAGAUGUGUUAUAAAUGAAAAAGGUGAUCAAAGGUGUUAUUGUUGGCCAAGUUAUUCAGGGGACAGAUGUGAAAUUAACCAUUGUAACAAUUAUUGUCAGAAUGGAGGAACAUGCGUAGCUUCAGUUCUCGGAAGACCUGCAUGCAUUUGUACACUGGGGUUUACAGGUCCAAAUUGCAAUAAAACAGUCUGUGAUAAUUUUUGUCAGAAUGGAGGAACUUGCAGUAUCACUGCUGGAAAUCAGCCCCACUGUCAAUGUCAACCCGAACAUGCAGGGGACAGAUGUCAAGAUUAUAUUUGCCACCAUUAUUGUGUUAAUUCUGAAUCUUGCAUCACUGCUGAUGAUGGCAGCAUAGAAUGUUUCUGUCCUCUACAAUAUGAAGGUGUAAAAUGUGAAAUAGACAAAUGUGUAAAAUGUCAUGGAGGUCAAUGCAUCAUAGACAAGAAAAAUGAUGACAUAAUGUGCAACUGCACAAAUGGAAAAAUUGCAUCCAGCUGCCAAUUAUGUGAUGGCUAUUGCUACAAUGGUGCAACCUGCAAGUUGGAUAUAGAGACAAAUAUACCUGUCUGUCUAUGCUCUGUGGGGUUUAAAAAUCAGCGCUGUGACCAGAAAGUGAACCCUUGUGAUUACUACUGUCAGAAUGAGGGAAUUUGCACUUUAACUGCGUUUAAUGAACCGAGAUGCAAAUGCCCUACAAACUGGUCAGGUACACAGUGUGAAAGGCCAGCUCCUAAGAGUAGCAAAUCUGAUAAUAUCAGUACAAGAAGCAUUGCAAUCAUUGUUCCUCUGGUCCUUUUGGUGACUUUGAUUACUACUUUGGUAAUAGGGUUGCUCCUCUGUAAAAGAAAACGAAGGACAAAAACCAUUCGACGACAACCAAUAAUAAAUGGAGGAAUCAAUGUAGAAAUUGGAAACCCAUCAUACAACAUGUAUGAAGUGGGGCAUAAUCACAGUGAGAGGAAUAUUUCAGAGUUCACAUUAAAUCGAGAAAAGGGCAGAUACAUAGGGGGAGGUCCCACAGUCUUCAAGCUCCCCCAUACAGCACCACCCAUCUACCUAAACACCGAUCUGAAAGGACCUCUAACAGCAGGGCCAACAAACUAUUCAAAUCCAGUAUAUGCAAAGUUGUACAUGGAUGGGCAGAAUUGUCGAAACUCCUUAGCAAGCAUGGAUGAAAGGAAAGAACUUCUUCCAAAGAAAAUAGAUAUUGGCAUAAGGGAGACUGUCGCAUAAUCCACUGUAAUCUUUUGUAUACUGUAUAAAUGUAUAAAAUAUAAGGAUUACUUUUCUAUGUACCAACAGUAUUAUAAUUGUUUUGGCAUCAGCAUUACCUCUGGAUAUUUUUUCAAUUUGGUUGGUGGUUAUCUGGGUCUUUCUUUUGCUGAUGACUUGACUGACCAUUUGUAUGGUAUUUUUAUGAAGAAAAAAAAACUGCACUACCGUACAAUUUGCAACAAUGCUGCUGAUAUAACACACACUGAAUUUGUUAAAAAUUUGAAGAAAUCCUUUGUAGUGUGAAUAUGGGCAAUCUAUUUUGUAUGAAUUUUUUCCUUUGGUUUUACUUAAUCUACUGAAGACAAUAUCUGCACUUUUCCAUUAUAUGGUCUGAAGACUGUAGUACAGUGUGUGAAUUUGUUUUUGUUUCAGAUAGUGGAAGUAUGAUUGGGUUGUUUACUCUCUUCGUGCUCAUUAGAAAUUCACUUCAGAACCUUACAACUAUAGAGGAGCUAAUUUCACAAUCAAACAUAACUUGCUUUUCCAAUUAGCUUUAGGUUGCAAAGAAGCUAUGAGUACUAUAGAAAACAUCUAAUGGCCUGCAUGAGCACAGAUUAUUCCGUAUUGGAGAUUCAGUGAUUGUCCAAGCUAUACUAAACAUAUAUACCAUGUAAAAAUUCUUCAUAUUUAGUAAAAUCUUAGUGAACUUAGUGAUAUACCACUUGCAAGUGGUGAGACCUUAACAUGUGUGAGAAGGCCUCUUCUGCAGUCCUGAACACUUGGAUCCUAAGAAGGCGUUGUCAAGCCUGCACACAACUUUAUGUAUUUCUUUAAUCAGGCACACUUUGUGUAUGGUGAGUUUUCCUAUGUUGUCAGGAGAGCAAAAAGCCAUAAGCACACACACAGAGAAUCAGAUUCUUAGAAGGAGGGAGGAAACUCAACCCUUUCACAGAAACAUUACAGCAAACAAGUCUUCAUUCUUUUGUAUCAUUCAACACAUUUAUUUAAAAGCAAGUGUGGAUAAAUUUUAAAACUUCUUCAACAAACCUCAAGCUCACAUUCUCAAUUAUGGAGAGUGUAAAAAUGUAAUCAGUUUCCAGCACUUUCUCUGGUAUUAGCUUAUUUUAUGUUGUUAUGAAGAAUAAAAAGGAAAAAAACAAAAUGAAUACAAUAUUUGCCUUUUUUUAAUUGUGGCAGAAAGC